AUGAACAGGCGCAGUAUGAAAAAACAUAAUAAAAAUCUGGCGUUUUUUGGGGGAAUUGCAUUAUUCAAGCGCGGAUUUUUGCAUACAUGGGCAAAUUAUUUAGAAUUUGCAAAUGACCCAACCCAACCGGUAUAUCAAAUAGCAAGUUGUUUCAAAACAGUGGUGAAAUUUUCACCCAUUAACCCAGGUAAUUUGAACCACCCAAUCCCUUUAAUGUGUGAUAUCUCCUCCAUAUAUUAUUUAAAUUCUUUAAGUGUGUUUGGUGUUAUUAAUCCUUAA